AUGGCGGCGGCCCCAGCCUCAGCACUUCUACCGCAGGCGGAGGGAUACAUGACUGAUGGUCAGAGAACUUCAAAUGCGGAUAAACCACAUAGCAAUGCUCUAGCAGCCAAAGCAGAAAAGCCCUUAAAAACUAGUUUGAAAUAUAGUGGCAUUCUCAAUGACCAUGUCGUUUCACUUACAGGGCCUUUUCACACGACUGGGUUGUCCGGCCCGCGGCUCACUUUUGAGAUGGAUGCUAGAGAUGACUUCAUUGAGGACGGGGAAUGCCAUAGCAACAACUCACAGGAACCUGAAGAGCAAGACAGCACAAGUGACGACGGUGAUAGUGAUUUUGAUAAAGACGACGACUCAAAUGCCUCUGCUGAUGACAGCAUGACGAGUAAUAAGAGCAGCCACGGCCCCAUACUACAUGAUGACGUCAAGGAGGAGAACGAGGAGGGGACAGACCAGGGGAGCAGUUUUGCAUGUCCUCUUUGUUCCCUGGAGUUCAGUAGCCCAGAUCAGCUAAUCGCACACGUCUAUCAGCACACAGCUGUGGGUGGCAGUAAGAGUUAUAUCUGUCCUGUUUGUGGAAGAGCUCUCAGUUCUCCAGGCUCUCUUGGUCGCCAUCUUCUCAUCCAUUCAGAGGACCGACUGUCCAACUGUGCUGUUUGUGGGGCUCACUUCACAGACACCAACAACUUCAACAGGGAAAAGUUGAGGGAAUUCCUCGACACAAGCAGUAUAGAGAUCAACAGUGAGGGCGAGGCCUGUGCCAUGUCCAACUCUUUAACCAGAAGCACUAUGACUAACCCCAACACAAAUCCUGGUCCUGGACUGACCUCAUUGCCAGAUGGUCUUCUCCCUUCUGCACCUCCUCUUCCCUCACUCUCUGACAGCCUCAGUCCUCAAAGCACGGGACUUCCGCCUCUUCCAGACCUUAUGAACCCUAUGCCCGUGUACCCGGCUGGGGUUUUGUUGGUCUGCAACAGCUGCGUAGCCUACCAGCAGCUUGUGGACGCCCAGUCGCCGUCCAUGCGGAAAUGGGCGGUCCGUAGGAAGAACGAACCCGUACAGGUGCGGAUGCAUCGGCUUGAACGGGAACGAACGGCCAAGAAGACCAAGCGGGCAUGUGAGACAUCAGAGGAGCGGGAGAUGCGCCGCUUACGAGACCGUGAGGCAAAGCGUAUGCAAAGGAUGCAGGAGACGGACGAACAGCGGGCACGUCGUCUGCAGCGAGACCGGGAGGCCAUGCGACUCAAACGGGCCAACGAGACGCCCGAGAAGAGGCAGGCGCGGCUAAUCCGUGAGAGGGAGGCCAAGAGGCUAAAACGACGCUUGGAGAAGAUCGACCCAUCGCUGAGAAACCAGAUUGAGCAUGACCCUGCUGCGAUGGCUGCGCUCACUGCUGAUAUGAGUCUAUUCCAGUUUUCCUUUCCCAUGUCCGUCCCUUCCAUGGACAAUGGACUGUUUAUGAAGCUUCCCUAACAAGCACAGCUCCAAACACCUCUCAGCCCAACAUUUGAGAAGAAUUUGCCAUUCUUAAAGAAUAACCAUCUUGACCAAAGUUGUGAUGAGAAGGUUAUGGUCUUGCAGUUUCAAGGAGGUGCUCACCCUGACAGCGGUUUGCAGUGACGUAGGCACCAGAUGUCUUUCACUUUCAAAGACAGAUUUGAGGCAACACGAAAGACCGUGAGUUAUGCAACAAUGUUGUGCAGAGUUCAACUUGAUGCAGACAGGCAGCAACACACAUGGCGACUACCUGUGGGAGUGUAGAUAAUGAAGCUCAUGUAGAUAACAUGUUCUGCUGCCUGAUACACUUGGAUAUUGUAGUUAAGUACAGAAGUGAUUCUACAGGAUAGACAAGGCACUUGCUUUGGACCCCUAAGGGUGGCGGAUUCGAGUAGUCAACAGCAAGAAGAAAUAAACCUCCUGAAAAAUAAAGCUUGGCAAGAGCCCCUCUAGGGGGCCUCAUCUCAUUAACUACGAUCUCAGUGAAAAAUCAAAUGAAGAGUAGGCAUCAUGCAGAUAAUGUUCCCAUCUGGUAGUCAGAAGAGAAAAGAGCCUGCGGCACCAGAGUCCCACAAUCAUUAUCAGUCAAGUAGGAACACCUACUAGCGACCAAGACCACGCCGACUUGCCAAGCUCCAAUGAUUUAAUUGCUGUCAGUGUGAACAACCCUUUAUGGAUUUCUAUAACAUAUUACAUAAUUAACUGAACUUCUAUAAGAAAUUCCGACAUUCACUGAAGGGAAAACCCUCUCAGUAAGCAUGUUUUACUUUAUUUUCAAGGCUCAGACUUUUAGCCGUCUUUCUUCAGAGCAGUGAGAUCCUUCCAGAAGGAGGUUCUCUGUUUGCACACAGACCUACAGUGACAGGAGUGAGAUGUGUAGCCACACUCCACACUCAGCCUACUGUUCAAAUUUGCCAGUCUGAAAGGUUGGCGUUUACCUGCAACUAUGGCUCACCUCCCAGAACCCAAGAUUGGGUCAAUACUAGCUCAUACUCACAGAACCAACUACCUCACCAUGGGAUCCUUACAUGGCCUAGUCACACCUGUGGCCUUGACCAGAACCACAGGGGUUGUGUAGGUCCACAUACUGACUCAAUGUUCCCUAUGCCAACACACUCUUGUCCAGUGGUGUAGUCCUCUAGUCCUGCUCCUGGAGGGUUCAUCCUCCAGAGUUCACCCCUGAACCAUCUAAUCAAGGUAUUCAGGGUUACUUGAAACCCCCAGGCAGGUGUGUUGGAGUAGAUUGGAGAUAAACUCUCCAUGAUGUUUGCCGUCCUAGAGCAGGAUUGGACACCCCUGGUAUAAUCAUUGCCCUACAUGUUCGCCGAAACAACUACACUUUAUUUAAAUGCUGUUUGAGAGCCGCUGACCCAAAUGCUGAAAUCUAAGUGGGCUUGUGGUCUUUGCUUAUACAGACCAUAGGUGUCCUACUUGUCAAGAUUUACAAGGAUAUACCACCUUUGCAGCCACUGUGUCCCUCAAUGCACCCUUUAGUUGAGCCCAACCUGGUGCAGACUUUGGAAACGGACAACUAACUGACAGUCUGUGUGGCAUUUUAUCACUUAAGUGUGGACUCCACUAAAGACUUCAAGGGCCGAGGGUGCCAUUUGGGACAAGGCCUCUAUUGGAGACUUUGUCCUUUUUUAAAAGAGGAAGGUAAUUUCUGCGGAUGUACUGUUAAAUACUAAAAGUAUCCGUUUCAAAGCACAUUCAGACACACUUCUCUGACCUCCCAAAGGCUUUAUACUUUAUCACAAUGCUACACGGGUUGAUAUUUGUCUAGGAACUCAGGGAUGGUGUGGAUCACCGGCAUCCUCCUGAGAAAACAGAGGAGCAGGAGACCUCCUCUUCCUCAUUCUUCAUCAUCAUCACCACUUGCUCAGAUAAUAUACUACCUUUUACUCACCUUUACUGGUCACAUUGGCCUUUUUUUCCUCUUGUUCAGACUGCAAACUCCUCACCUGAGCCAAAAUGUCAAUAUGGAUAUUACGCAACUCCAUGACGUCUCAACUAACCAACCAGUCUCUGCCCUCUGCUGCUGUCACUGUACUGUAUAACGUGUAUGUUACCUCUUUAAACCAGUGUGGUCCCGCACUGGACCUGGGAAUGCUUGUGGUUAAUGGUGAGGCACUUAGUGUGUGCUCGAUCUCUGUGGCAACAUAAGUAGUGUAUAAAUUCAAACUGUUGCCUUUGUCACUGGAAAGUUUGUGCUUUGGUUUUAUAUUUAAUGAUUUAAAUGAAUUUGUGUGCUAAUUCUAUGAGAUGUGCAAUGAUGUAAAGGUUUAGCAAAUGCAUGUACAAUGAAACAAUCAGGAUGAACACUUCCAGAGAGAAAUCCCUCCUAUAUGAAGCAGUGAUGACUCUGCAUAUGUACAAAUUUAAAUGACAAGGUAAAGACACAUUCGCCAACGUUUCACACUAAUUUAAAGGUGAAGUGUGUAAUUUCUGCUCAACAUCUGAUGGCCAAAAUAACACUUGCAUCCCAAGCACUGCCCCCUGUCUUCCAUUAUUCACCAAACAGGUACCCCCACCAAAAAUUCUAACCAAUUCAGAAGUUGCAAAGCACCGCAAAAGCAAAAACACUGCAGUGUUUAUGGUAGUGGUUCUUACAUUUUUGGGUUAUCCACUUCAAGAGUAAAACAAAAACAGCAGACCACCAAAUUUCAUUCAGUGGUGUAAUUCAAUGCCCUUUUCACCAAUUCUGUCAUGAGCCACAGUAAAUUUUCCAGAAGGCUGUUUUGUUCCUUUUUAUAGAAAUGAACGUUUCUUUUAGCUAAUAAACUGAUGAGCCGACUGUUUGCUAGCUAAGAAAUUGGACCAAAUGUUUACGUACACUUGACAACAGACAACAAACCCUUAAGAAUAAAAUGAGUGUCAAUUCAUUAUGUUGGUUAAUUCAAUGUUGUUCAAUUAUUUAUUCAAGUCUUUUUAUUGACUAAACUCGCAGACAACAGUUUCAGAACCACUCUACAAGUUGAGAGAACAUUGCACACGUCACCUUGAAACUUUACUCGCUUCUCAGCGUUUCAUAUUGGGCGAAAGGGUCAGUCAUGUUAAAACGGACCACUGUACAUCUGUAAGUACCUCUUGGAAACAGGGUAGACCGUGUGUGUAUGAUAUGUAUGUCUUAUAUUUCAUUCCAAUACUUAUUACAAUUUAUUUAUUACUACAGUGAAUGACGCACAUUUCAGUGUUUUAAAUUCACAAUGUUGUCAUUACCUUCUAUAGAGAUACCUCUAAUACUCAAAGCGAAGCAGCUGAGCUUUCCCGCACAGUUGAAGGCAACUGGAUACUGGUCCCACGUUUAUGCUGUCGUGAAGUAUUAAUGAUGGGCUCCUUAAGUAAAAGAAAGGAUUUAAUGUACAUGUGAUGAAGCAUCACUAUGCAAUUGAGAGCUGUACUCAAGAAACGUUGUAUUACUACUAUGCAGUUGAUAUGAAAGUAAAUGGACUCAAAUGCUCCAGAUCACAAACCUCAGGCAACUCUUGACAGUCAAGCCAUUGGUCCUCAAGCCUGUAACCCUCGACCACCAGAUCCAUCCUUAAGUUUUGUUUUCAGUUACUUCCUUGAUAAGGACCGAGUUGAUGUUGAUGCACAUUCAGGAAGAACAAUGCAAUUUUUAUGACCCAAUUCCCUGAAAUUCAUUAUAAAGCACUGAGUUAUUUUAUACAGUAGCAUUAAAGAUGUGGAAACCCAUCCUGAUGCAAUGAGAAAAUCAAAUGAUUCUCUGUAUUCCAGAACGAGAUGUUGGCAGGAUGCAUUGUCUAUUUUGAAGAAAAAAUAUAAAAGAGUAUUUUCAAACAUUAACCCCAUUUAGUCUGCAUUAUUCCCAAACUAGUAUUUUUUAGUGGUAUG